AUGUCGGGCAGUGAGGACGAUUUGGAGUUUCGCAUCAACACAAAAUUUGCUGAAAAUUACAAUAAAUGGCGAAGAAAAGAAGAGAUUCAAAAAUUGAAAGAUCGUUAUGGAGAGAAUCCAGAAGAUGACUCCUCAAGUUCUUCAGAGGAAGAAGAUGAAGAUGCUGAGGGUCUUACCUCACUGGUAGAGAAAGAUUUCUUGAAGAUGCUUUCAUACGUUAAGAGCAAAGAUCCCAGGAUCUACAAUAAGGAAGCUACAUUCUUUCAUGAAGAAUCGUCGGAGGAAUCAUCAGACGACUCCGAUGAAGAUGCCACAUCCACCAAGAACAAGAAGAAGAAACAAAAAGUGAAGAAGGCAAAAGAGGAUAAACCAGUGUUCCUGAAGGACUAUGAGAGGAAGAUCAUCACAGAGAAAGGAGGACACUACAGCGAUGAGGAAGAGGAUGUGGAAGAUAGAAGGGAUGAGUGGUUUGAGAGAUCAGCAUCCCCAACAUAUGUACAGGAGCAAGACAUGAUCAAGAAGAGCUUCCAGAAGGCGUUACUAAGCAGUGGUGAAGACGACAGUGACGAUGACACCCUCUUAAAGAAGAAGGAGAAGACAAAGAAAGAAAAGAAAGAGGAAGAGGAGGAAUAUAUCCAGUGGAUGAAGGGUAAGAAAGAACAAGUGGAAGACGUGGACCAGGCUCAAGAUGCUGCUGAACUGGAUGCUUUGAGAAAAUAUUGGACUGAUCCAUCGUUGGAAGAAGGGGAGAAAUUCCUGAGGGACUUCAUUCUGAACAAAGGUUACAAAGACCAAGAAUCUGAUGAGGAAACGCCUGCUAUCGAGCUGGAUGAGGCAGAUUUCUCCGAGGAGGAGCGUCUUCUAGAAACCCAGGAUGAGUUUGAGAGGAAGUACAACUUCCGCUAUGAGGAACCUGACGCAGAAUUUAUCAAACGCUACCCACGUACGAUGGCAGAUUCAGUGAGGACUAAGGAUAACAAAAGAGCAGUUAAGAGACAAGAGAGGAAGGAACGCAAGGGUCAGGAGAAAGAGCACAAGAAAGAGGAACUGAAGCAACUGAAGAAUCUUAAGAAACAGGAGAUAAUGGAGAAGCUAGAGAAGUUACGUCAGGUGACUGGAAACGACACUGUUGGGAUUGAAGACGUCGACUUAGAAGGAGAUUUCAAUCCUGAGGAGCAUGACAAGGCUAUGAAGAAAAUAUUUGAUGAGCAGUAUGACAUGCAGGAAGGGGAAGACACCAAACCAGAAUUUGAACAUGAGGACUGGGAGGAAGAAAACUGGGACAAUUGGAAAGGUGAAGACUACGGAGACGAAGAAUAUUACGAUGAAAAUGGAGAGGAGCUUGACUAUGAGGAUCCAGACUUCAAUAUGGAUGCAGACUACGACCCCUCCCUCUCCAAGCAAGACAACAAAGAGAGACAAGCAGCCCUUCAGCAAGAGCUCCUUGAAUCUUCCUCCAAGAAGAAGAAGAAAAAGAAGAUGUCCAAGUUUACCGAGGCGUUGAAAGCCAAGAAACCAGUCUUUGAUCCAAACGAUAAAACGUUUGAGGAGUAUAUAGAAGAGUUCUACAGACUAGACUACGAGGACAUGAUUGAUGAUCUACCGUGUCGCUUCAAGUAUCGUAAAGUUGUCGCUAACGACUUUGGCCUGUCAACUCAGGAGAUCCUAGCAGCCAAAGAACGAGAACUCAAUCAAUGGGCCUCUCUGAAGAAAACUUGCCAGUACAGAACUGAGGAAGAGGAAAUGAAAGACGUCAGGUUAUUUGCGAAGAAGGGAAAAAAUGAGGCCAAGAAACAACGAGUCUUCCUCAGUCUGCAGGAGGACCAAAAUGACAGUGACAGCAGCGGAGAGGAGGUCCCGAGGAAGAAACAGAAGGCGGGAAAACCCGAUGGUCAGUCAUCCAACUCUCAAUCGAAAAAGAAACAGAGCCCACAGAAGAAAGCUGUGAAGAACCCAACAUCAGUUGCCGAGUCUGGGAAGAAGCAACAUAAGCUAGAGAGUAAAGAUAUACUAGAUCCGGUGACGGAAGAUGAUCAUUCAACUAGGACGCCGAAGAUAAAUCCAAAGAAGAGUCCUGCCCCUGAAAACCCUGACGAUGUAGCAAGUCAAAACAUCAAAGCUGCCGAAUUCAAAGUGAUUCAAGCGGAAUCAAAGGAAUUACAGCCAAAAGUUGUCCUGAUGGACACUGAUGGUGGUUUAAGUACGUCAAGCAACUCUCCAGAUAAGACUGACAGCCUCACUGAUGUUGGUGUCUCACGGGAGAGUGAGACAAGGACGUCUGAAACACCACAAACUAGAAAGAGAAGGAAACGAAACCGGAGAAGGAGUCAUUGUGAAGAUGAUCCAAAAGGGAAGAUUGUCGAAACCUCAACUUCUGAAAUGCUUGAAGAGUCUAAGCCAUCAUCUACCAGCAAGCAGAAUGCGUCUGGCAAUCCCACCUCUGCAACUAGGACAAAAGCGAACGCUAAAGCUGUAGAAAAGAAAGAAAAUCCCACUGCUGCUACCAAAACUAAUGACAGUUUAAAUAGUACAGUUGGUACGAAGACAAAACGGAAAGCAGAAAAUGAUGACAUGAAGCAAGGCUCGAAGAGAGUAAAAAUUGGUUCAGUAUCACAAUCAAGUGAAAGGACUGAGGGCAAUGUACCUGAACUAGACGUGAAUUCAGCCGUUAAGACUGAUUCACAAGACGGCAAAAAGAAGAGAAGGCGGAAGAAAAAACCUAAAAAUAACGAGAAUCCAAAUAAUGAAAAACCAAGCGUUGAGCAAAGAUCACAAGGAGAUUCACCAGCCACAAAUAUUCAACCGAAACCGUCCUUGCAAAAUAAAACAACAACUCCUGACGUAGACUUCUCUCAAGUUAUAAAGAAUCUUAAGAAACUGUCGAGUAAAGGCGGCAUGAGAAGUCAAACACCAUCAAAAGUUGACUCCAAGAAGAGUACACAUGAAUCAGCAUCAAAAGUAUCUUCCGCAUCAAACAAGGUCCAGAAGCCUACAGAUAGAAAAGCCGACAACCAAUCUUCAAAAUCUGGAGCUGGUGGAACCCCUAAGACUACCAGGACUCGUAACAAGAAUCGCAACAGGAGGACUGCUAAGAGGAAAGAGCAAGGGCCGGUAAAGAGGAAAGAACAAGGGGGGUCUGUAACGGAUGCUAGACUCAAGGCGUACGGCAUCAAUCCUAAGAAGCAUGGGUUUAGGAUGAAGUUCUUGAGGGAACAGGAAGCUAAGAAAAAGCAAAAGCAGAAGUAAAAUUCUUAGAACCACAUUUUUUGAGGAACUCUUUUGUCUUUUUUUGAGGUCCAGAGUACCACACUGGAAGAAAGAUUCAUCUCAAAACUGGUAAAACAAAUGUCUUGGCCACUGGGCAAGUGGUCUAGUGGUAAGAAUGACAAUGGUCGUGGGCUCGAAUUCCACCCGAGUGAUAUGCAAAAUACAUUGUCUAGAUCUUAAUGUUUGUUUGCUGUUCCAUUGUUGUAUAUUUUAAUAAUUAAGCCACACUUUUGGAAAGGUGGUUGCUUGGAGUUUUUA